AUGAAGGACAACAGGAAAUAUCCAGUUUUCUUCUACAUGUGCAGUUUUCUGGGAUUUCUAGCAUCAGCUACUAUUCAACAGAAGACAAGGUUUCCGCUAACAUUCAGUUCUAACACACAAACUGACCUCUGCCCAAUUAGAAGGAUUGGCCAAGAUGACUUGCCAGGAUAUGAUUUGAUCUCACAGUUCCAGCUUGAUAAAGCAGCAUCCAGAGGCAUUAUUCGGCGAGUGGUGGGCUCCACAGCCUUGCAAGUGGCAUACAAGUUAGGCACAAAUGUAGACUUCAGGAUUCCAACUAGAUCUUUGUAUCCUAAUGGAUUACCUGAUGAGUACUCCAUUCUAACUACUUUUCGGAUGACUGGAAAUACGCUUCAGAAGUAUUGGAGUUUUUGGCAAGUUCUGGAUUCUUCUGGGAAAGAACAAGUUGGAGUGAAGUUUAAUGGACAAGCCAAGUCUCUUGAAUACUCAUAUAGAGGAAUGGAUGGAAGUCUCCAGACGGCAACAUUUUUGGAUUUGCCCUAUUUAUUUGAUUCACAGUGGCACAAGGUCAUGAUCGGUAUAGAAAAAAACACGAUCACUCUUUAUGUCGACUGCAUUAUGAUACAAACUUUAAGUAUAAGGCCACGGGGAAAGAUCAACAUUGAUGGCUUUACUAUGCUUGGAAAACUGAAAAAUAACCCUCAGAUUUCAGUUCCGUUUGAAAUCCAGUGGAUGCUGAUUCAUUGUGACCCUCAACGACCCCAAAGAGAAACUUGCGGUGAACUUAUAGCCAGCAUCUCGAUAAGCCAGACAGCCAUUGAGAGAGGCCCCCCAGGUCCACAAGGCCCCCCAGGCCCUCCAGGCCCCCCAGGAGUUCCUGGCAUUGAUGGUAUAGAUGGGGAUAGAGGUCCGAAUGGGCCCCCAGGACUUGCGGGUCCAGAUGGUGAACCAGGCAAACCAGGGGUCCCUGGGUUGCCAGGAGAACCAGGAGCUGAUGGACUGACAGGCCCUGAUGGGUCAUUAGGCCCAGUUGGUCCAAAGGGACAAAAGGGUGAACCUGGAUUGCCAGGAGGCCGUGGACUUCCUGGAAAAGGAAUUCCUGGAUCUCCUGGUCCUCCUGGUAUAGCAGGACUUCCUGGAGAAGUGGGCAGAGUUGGACCACCUGGUGAUCCUGGAAAGAGAGGCCCUCCAGGACUACCAGGACCUCCUGGCCCUAGGGGAACUGUUGGGCUUCAUGAUGGAGAUCCACUGUGUCCCAAUGCUUGUCCACCUGGCCGACCAGGAUAUGCUGGGCUAAUAGGCAUGAAGGGUCACAAAGGUGCAAAAGGUGAGGCUGGUGAACCAGGAAAACAAGGCCAUAAGGGAGAAGAAGGUGAACAAGGAGGCACAGGUGAAGUUGGAGCUCAAGGCCCUACAGGACCUCAAGGGUUAAGAGGUAUAACUGGCAUUUUGGGACCCAAAGGAGAUAAAGGUGCUCGGGGUCUUGAUGGAGAGCCUGGUCCUCGAGGUCUUCCUGGGGCACCUGGUGAUCAAGGGCAGAGGGGUUCACUGGGAGAGACAGGUCCCAAAGGAGACAGAGGACCACAAGGUAUUAGAGGAAUUACUGGCCUCCCUGGUCCUAAAGGAGAAGGUGGCUUACCAGGAGUUGAUGGCCGUGAAGGGAUCCCUGGCAUGCCUGGAACAAAGGGUGAACCAGGAAAACCAGGUCCUCCAGGUGAUAUAGGAAUUCAAGGACUGCCAGGGUUACCUGGCUCUCCAGGAGCAAAAGGUGUUGCUGGCCCAAAGGGUAAUACAGGUGCUCCUGGAAUACAUGGCUUGAUGGGGAAUUCGGGUAAACCUGGGGAACAAGGGCCACAGGGAGAAAAAGGCCCCAUUGGACCCAGAGGACCACCUGGUAGCAGAGGAGAGCCUGGUCCAGCCGGCCCUCCAGGCAUACCAGGUAAACUGGGUGCUGAAGGUGACCUAGGCCUCCCAGGUUUACCUGGGCCUCCAGGGCUGCCUGGUGCGACAGGUGACAGGGGUAUAGUUGGUGAACAAGGACCUAAAGGAGAACAAGGUUCUGCUGGUGGAGAAGGGGAGCCAGGAGGAAAAGGAGACCUUGGCGACAUGGGUUUGCCAGGCCCUAAAGGAUCCGUUGGGAAUCCUGGUGAACCUGGGUCACGUGGGCCUGAAGGUAGUCGUGGUUUGUUUGGUAUAGAAGGAUUACGUGGGCCGCCUGGACCUCGUGGCAUGCAAGGGGAACAAGGUGCUCCAGGGCUCCCAGGAAGCCAGGGUCCAGCUGGUAGAGAGCCAACUGAUGCACACAUUAAGCAGGUUUGCAUGAGAGUAAUGCAAGAACAACUGGCUCAGUUGGCUGCCAGCCUUAGGAGGCCUGAAUUUGGUGCCCCAGGCCUCCCAGGCCGACCUGGACCCGCUGGGGUCCCUGGACCCCCUGGAGAAAACGGCUUCCCAGGGCAGGCUGGAUCCCGGGGUCUGCCUGGCCUUAAAGGUCCUCCUGGUGAAAUUGGGCUGAAAGGGAUCAAAGGUGAAACUGGUGAAAAGGGGGAGAGAGGAUUCCCUGGCCGAGGGCCGAAAGGCUUACCAGGAACAACGGGGCUUCCAGGAGAACCAGGCAAGCCUAGUUAUGGCACUGAGGGACGUGAUGGCGAGCGAGGCCCACCUGGAGAGGCUGGCCUCCCUGGCGUCCCUGGCCCUCCUGGCCCUCCCGGCCCUCCUGGCUAUUGCGAGCCAUCAGCCUGCACUGUGCAAGCGGGGCUACGAGCCGGUAAGAAUGUGAAAGGGCCAUGAAAAGUGGAAGCGUAAUGGCACAAUGUUGGAAGCAGCGUACUUACCUGCACAUACAUUUGACAAGGAUCGAAACAGAAGCAACGCAUACUGUAAACACAAAAAGAAUCUUAUCAAGGCUUGACAGACUUUAAAUGUAUUGGUUGUUCCCUUCUUCACAACUUGUGCAAACAGCACAUGGCAACCAAACGUAAAAAAACAACGGUGCUUACAAAGAUGAUACCAGAUGGCUUUUAUUUCUUCUUGUGGUGAAAGGCAGCUGUCUAACUCUUUUAUUUUUAAAGGACUUCCUUUUAAAUACUAGUCUUAUCCUUUUCCCCUACUCAUGUUGUGCUGCAUCAGAGAGAAUGUUGGAAUUCAGUUGUAGCAGUUAUGGUCCAUCACAUUCGUAAAAUAAAUUAAGAUAAUAUACAUUCAUAUUUGUCAUGUUGGUGCUGUGUGUUAGCCAGCCAUGCUUGCCCACCAUUCUGAUUUCAAAUAGUCUGAUAUAGCUGCUGUGUAAAAUCAUGCAGAAUACUUUUGUGUGCUGUAAAACACUGUAAAUGUAUGAAUGCUAUUUUACCAGGACCAUCUCAUGUGAAAUAACCUGUACGCAUAGGGGCAGUUAUUAAGCAUCUGCUCCAACAUGUACUAAAUCCUGUUUCAUAUGACACUUGCCAUUUCUACCGUUUACCCUUGUAUAAAAUCAAAGAGGUCAAAAAGCCACUGGUAAGGGAAUUUUAAUCUUUGGAAACAGCUAAGAUUUAUAGCUGUAUUUAUUUAUUUUAAAAGAUCUUAAGUGACAUCUUUGGUUGUAAAAAAAAAGUUGAAAUAAAUAAUGUUUUUUAACCCUUUGCAUUUUUUGUAUGAAUGGUAAAUCGGACUAAAACAAAACACUUUUCCAGACUCACCUUCCCAGAAACAUCUUCGGCUUCAUUUCUCAGUGGAACAAAGUGUAUUGUAUAAAUUAAUGUUUUUUUUCUCUUUCUCUCUAGAUUGUAAAUUUGUUUUUUGAAUUAUAUAUGUUCUCAGAUCUGUUGUCUUGCAAGACAAAAAUAAAAGUGCCCUUAUUUUAAUCAUCA